AUGGCAUUUUUAAAUGAGAAUAUCAGACUUGAGAACAACACUACAACGUUGGAGGGUGACAUUGCGACGCUCGAGGAUAAUACUACAUCUAAUGAGGGAAAUGAGGAUUUGUUCCCUGCCGGUGAAGAUAAAUUUGAUGACAAUUCAGAUGAUGGGAUUGAUGGCAGUUUAGACAAUGACUGGCUUUAUGAUAGUAACAUUCCAAUUAGAAAUAAUGUCGAAGACGAAACAGAUCCUGUUGGAGGUGUUGAUGUAGGGAUUUAUCAGGAUACGAAAAAUAGAGGGAUAUGUAGUACGUGGGUAAUUCCAAGUGCAGAGAGGUUCUCCUUCCAAAUAGUUACCACUGAGGAGUUGAGAUGUGCUGAUGAUCACAUAUACAAAGGAAGAAUGUUUUCCUCAAAGGCUGAGUUGAAACGAGCUUUGAAUAUAUUCGCUCUAAAAGAGCAUUUUGGGAUAAGAGUAAAAAGGUCAUGUAAAGGUCGUUAUGAGAUUGGUUGCAAGGACAAGGCAUGCAAGUUCGAUGUGCGUGCAUCGAAAUUACUUGAAGGAGAAUAUUGGCAAGUUUGGACAUUUCACAAAGUACACACGUGUACUGUCGAUGGUUUGCAAGGGCGAUUCCCCACGGCGAGUGCGAAGAUAAUCGGUGAACUUCUGUCACACAAGCUUCAAGCUAGUGGAGUAGCAUUGAGACCUAAGGACAUAAUUGAUGAGAUGAGGGUGCAGUGGGGAUUGGAAUGCUUGUAUGGUAAGGCAUGGCAAGCGAAGGAGUAUGCGAAAAUGCUUGUUUUUGGUCCCCCGGAGGAGUCAUUUCAACUAUUACCUUCGUACUUUUAUAUGUUGGAAAAAGAAAAUCCUGACACAGUCAUUGCAGUGACUACUGAUGAGGCAAAAAGAUUCAAAUAUUGUUUCUGGUCGUAUAGGGCUUAUAUUCGGGGGUUUAGGGAUGUAAUGCAUCUUACGGUUGUAAUUGAUGCGACACAUUUGAAAGGCAGGUUCAAGGGUGUUCUGUUUGUCGUUGUAUGCAACAACGAGAACGAGUGCGUAUAUCCAGUUGCAUUUGGUAUCGACCAUGUUGAGGACAAAUACUCAUGGACGUGGUUUCUUAGCAAGCUGCGUGAUGCGAUUGGUUGUCUUGAGAACACUAUCUUCAUUUCUGAUCAACAUCUCGGCAUUAAAAAAGUAAUCCGAAAUGCAUACCCAGAAGUGCACCACGGUUUAUGUGGUUACCACUUGAAGAAAAACUUCAAGAACAAUUUCAAGCGCGACGACCUUUCUAUGAUUUUCACCCUUGCUCAAGAUUGCUAUAAGGUAUCCGAUUUCAACAGACAUAUGAACCAUAUCCAGUAG